ACUCGCCAGGAGAGACUUAGAUGUCUAUCGUAUAAACACUAUAAACCAUUCUUUGUGAGAGAGGAUGUUGUUAUUGCACGAUCAGUCGUGAAACGAUCGCAAGUUGCUGAUGCAGAAGUGCGUGAAGCGAACCGCAGCGAUUCUAAAUCUGUUGAAGGAAAGCCGCUAAGGCGAUUAACCAGCAGCGGCGGCGGCGGCGGCAGAUGGCAACGUGUUUUACAUUGCAUUGUCGUACGUUCGUAUAGACUCAUAUGCUUCUAAAAACGGCUUCAUGCAUCUGCCGUCAACGCGCCUGUUUAUCGAAAACGCGUAACAAGAUUUAGAGUAAAUCUCAUGCAAGCGAAUCAUGCGUGUUAUCCAAGAAAAUAUCCAUAACGUUAAAUUUAGAACGUUAUCUGCGAGGCGUCCAUCCGCAGCAGAUAAAUCACCCCUGCCGCAAGGCAACCCGGCGUGCGUCUCUGCAUGCGGUCAUGGUCGCACGUUACUACAAUAGUUUCAAAACUGUUCUCCACAAAAGUCCCAUAAUUUUUAUUUCGUUUUUUAAUUAUUUGAUCAUGUGAUUUUUAUGUUUUUCAAUUUGUGAAUAUUCUCAGAAUCUUUCAUUUCAAUAAUAUACACGAUUAAUCACGCACAAGAAUAUGCAUAAAUAUGCUUGAAUUGCAAAAGAAGUUUUAACUUGCAAACAAGGCCAUAUCAUACGCACAUGUACUCUUUCUGUUAUUUUUAUAGUUUGAAUCCAUGCCAUAGCAUUUGCCGCAUGUUAUGAAAUACCUUUUACACUUCGGGAAAAUUUACAUAUAAUUGGGCAAUCCGUAUCGCCAUGGCAAUAUUAUUCAGUGAAUUCAGACGUGAUACGCCAUGGCUGAAAAUUUGAAUAUUUCUUUUUUAUCUUCCGCAUUCCCGAUGUCUUUCGCAAGGCGAGUACAUACACCCGCGGUUCAGAAGGUUAACACGCAGCGUGCUGCAACGCACUUAUCUGCGAUGAAUGAUCAGUUCCUCUUCUGCGUACUCUAGGUGACGCAUUCGAUCGUUGAAUUAUUAAUAAGCCGUUGUAUUCAACGAUACAACGCGCUGUCGGUGUCUUGCGUGUACGUUCCGCGUAUGCUCGGGAAUAGUCGCGCGCGGAACAAUCGCUCCUCUCGGCGACGACGGUCCCACCGUGCCGGCUCCCUUUUUCGUUUUAAUUGCGGGAACGCGGCGUAUUCUCGCCGACAUAAUCAUGCGAGGGAACUCUGACAUGUUUAACAGAACGCGCAGCCGCGAAUGCAUACGAAUAGCUAUUGUGUAGUAAAAAAGGCAUCGCUGGCAAACAUUGCGUGAGCACCAGUUUUCAGCGCGGCAAUUUUAUUUCGCCGUCCGAUCGUUCUGCAAGUCAAUUUAGCGUUUACGUUGAAAAAAUUCUGAAUUAUUUAUCGCCAUCCAGUCGACGAUCGGAUAAAAUAGUAAUCGAAGUGCAUGAUGCACAUGAGUCACGUUCAAAUCGAGAUGACUCAUUGUUUGUCGGCCAUUGAAGAGUUGAUAUCAAGUUGUCAAUCUGGCGUCAGGUAUAAUAAUGUCUGCUAUUAAAAAAAGUUCUUGCAAAUUUCGUGCGGCAAAAAAUUCAUCUUAAUGUCUCAGAUAUACAGAAUUAUCAUAUCAUAUGUUAUAUGCACGCACACAUAUCUGGAAAAGAGAUAAGAUUUUAUUUAUCGUCUAACAUAAGACGCAAUUGAGCGAGUAGCUCGCUUCUGGCAUUGGUAUUCGUAACUCGCGUUUCGAUGGCGGGUUUCGCGAAACCCCAUGACCCACUAAGCGAAUUUGUUUUGACGGUCGCGGUGUAGAGUUCCUACUGGACAGGAACGUCACCGGACAACGUACGGAUAUACUCACGAUCCGAUUUCGGCCGGUUCCUAGACCGGUCGGACACCGUGCGCAUCGGCAAGCGGAGGGAACGCGCCGAUUUGCAUUUUAUCGGCGGGAGAUCGGUCGCAAAAGUGGAGCGAGUCGUUUUUGUCCGUGCCAGAGCGAAACAGAGUGUGAAUAAAUUCCGAGCCCGCGUUUCCCCGGUCGGUCGGCGUGCCACUUCGGUUUUAAUUGCGUUGUGAAUGGGCGGACGGUAUAAGUACACGGCGAUUGCGCUGAUAACGCGAUAUCAUCGCAAUGUCAUCCCACGUAAUGCCCGAGGGAAUACCACUUUAAUCUCCACGAUCUCCACUCCAUCUAGCUGCAACGACAAAGGAUAUUAAAUAUCUGAAGAAUGUUCCAUUGAGUUACAAAAAAGAGUUAAAAAAUAUCUGGUUUCGGAGAACGUAGAAUUAUCUUUGUCAUUAAAGAAUUAAAUCUUAAGUUUCUCUGUGUUGAGUAAUUGAAAUUAAAAUUUAUUGAAAGUAUGUAACAUAUAUUUCUCAGAUUAAUUUUUCAACGAUGUAUAAUAUAUUGUACGAAAUAAAAUGAUAUACAGAUUACUCCGAUAAAGAUGAAUUAUUCACCAGAGAUCGCGUUAAGUAAUUAAAUCUGAUAAGAGCAAUAUGCCAGUCGUUAAUAAACGGGCUACAUUAAAAGUGCCGUUAGCAAAGAAAUUAAUUGUGCGAUCAUCAAGAAACACAACUCCAAAUUAUAUUUUCUUGAAACGCUUCAGAGUCAAGAGUGACACGAAGCACGGAAAGGCAGGAAAUCCCUCCGUUAGGGCAAAUCACACCAAUCAAGGAUAAUCGUACUUCGCUGGAGAGUCCUCUUUCCGCAAUCUUGCAGCGAAGCGCGAGAGAAUGAAGCGGAGUCAAAAUGUCGCGCAAGUUACGGCACUGGCGAACGGACCUCCGCGCCAUGGGGCAGCUCGUCGUGAGGCAGAGGGGAUCUAAUGGGUCCCUUCCCUUCUCUCCAUCUCGCUCUGUUCACCUUUUCCUCCGAUCGUCCGUCUCUCUUUGCCCCCUGCACCGCGCCGUCCUCUUCUCGUCUGCUACGGGUUACUCUCUCACGCGAUACCGGUCGCGAUAUACACCUACACUCGACGAUGGAGGUAACGAGACGGACCCCAAGAUGAUUGGCCCCGAGUCCGAGGGGCCUGUUUUAUAACGUAAUCUCUAGCUCUUUCAGCGCGCUGAAUAUGCAGAUUUUACACGCGUCAAACACGUGCAGAUUUUAUUUCCGCUCCCUGGGCACUUUUCUACGUCGCUUUGGUAUCGUGCUUCUGAUAAUCAUGGAGAAACUGCGACGGUUAUUUUUUUUAACGGACAACAGAGAUCGACACGAUCGAUAAGGCGCUAUUUGCCCCCGUAAACUCUGGAGAGUUCACGCAUUUAUUCUAAAUUGCCGGUGCGCUCGCGAGUGCUCGCCGCUUUUGAAAUAAAAUGAAAUAAUAUCCUGUUUGCGGAGCAAUUAACUAUUACAUCUGCGUUGAACAUAACGUAAAGAAAAGGAACGGCAUGUGACGGAUACCGUGAAGCGUGGCGUGAGCCCUGCAAGUCUACCGAGUCACGGCGAAAUCGGCUUACAUAAACUUAAGCAAUCUCGGGCAAGUGUAUUUAAUUAGGACUCGCCAAUUGCAUAAUGCAUCUUGACGCAACAUCAAUUGAAUGGUGCUCUAUUCGCAGCACCGAUCGCAGCGAGUCGCAAGAAUCGUCAUGUUUCGCGUCGACGCGAAAUACAAUGCCGCGAUAAAAUGUAUUUUACAUAAAACAUUAUAUAAAAUGUACGUCGCGGGAGAACUGUAAUGACAAUUCCUAGACAUCUUGAUAAUUGAAUCAUCUAGAUCGUAAUUUUAUUUAGAACCAAAGUUCCACCAUUUCGUGCAGUUUCGGAUUCAAUUCGAAUGACAUCGAGAUUGGAGCAUGGUACAAAGAACAUCACGGGAAGGCACGAGGUCUCCAAGAAGGAACUUCGAGUGCCUCGACGCCGCUAGAAAGUGUGACCGCGAGUUUCCGUGGAGUUUAGAACGGCGCGACCGCUUUUUUCCGGCGAGAUCUACCGAUUUUACGUAAUGCUACAAACGAUCCAAGAUCGUUCUAUCUUUUUCCUAUCGGACCGCGUCAGGAACAUACACACGUCUGCGAGCGGCCAGAUUAGCACUCGCCGGAUCGCCAGGAGAUCGUGCCGAGCCUUCAGCAUCGCCAUCAACCGCGGGUCCUCUUUACGCUCUUACCUCUGCUCCCUUCUGUUGCCCUCGACUAUACACACAUUUACACACUUGGAUACGCUCGUUCUCGCUCGCUCCUUCGCUCGUUUACCCGCUCUAUCACCCGUUCACACAUUCAUUCACUCACCCACUCCGCUCACUCGCACAUUCGCUGACUACCUGACGAGAACUCGAGCUCGGCCAGUCACGUGGCCAGCGAAGGAUGUUUGCGGGAUCGCGAAGUCAGUCCGCGGCGGUCGGUCUCUCGAGAAAGAGAGGAUAGAGGCGCGAUCGGGUGAAAGAGAGAAGAAGAUAAAGGAAGAGAGAAAGAGAAGGAGAGACCGAGCGGGACGGGAAAGGAGAUACUGGAUCGGGGAUACUGCCUGAGGUCUCGGGAUCGUCGCUGCUCUAGCUCUACCUGUCCGAAGGCGUUCGAUGCGCGUCGUUUCAACUCGUUCCUCGGCAAGUUCGCGGCGGGAUCGUCGAGUGUUUUCGUAAUCAGUUUGCAGUGCUGGAGAAACGAAAGACGGCGAAAAUGGGAAUACUCUUUUGUGUGAUCUAGAGCACGCUUUGCACCAGUUGAGGGUUUGUUGUAUUAUUACAGAGAAACGUUCGAUAGAAACGAGUGCUACCGACCUAUCUGUGCGUUCAAAAAUGUUCACGAUGCUAUCAGCGUCGAGUGACGCCGUUGUUGGGUGCCUGGAAAUGUGGAAGGCAUAAUGCAGUGUCGAGCGAGUGAUGACAAAGACGCGGGUGACUGUGAGACUGACGAGUAAAUUAAAGUUUUGAUCAACGAAUAUUACUCUUUAUGUCUUUAUGUGCAAUAAUAAUACAAAUCUUUAUAGUUGCCAGUUCCGAUAAUAUUUUAAACAAAGCGAAGAAGUAAAGAAGUCUAUUCAACGACAGAACAGCUCAAUCGAUUUUUGCAUUCAGCUCUGAGGAAAAAGGAAGAAAGAGGAGAAAAGGAGAAAGAAACGUGAGAAUCUCAAGAUACCACGCCAGGUUCAGAUAGGCUUCGAUUAACUGUUGACUCGCGCGCGCUGCGAAUCCUGGUAUGCGAUAGAAAGUUUAUUCACGAAGCGCGAUAAGCCAGGUUGCUGCGGUUCGUGAAGAGAAGCAGGACUCUCGGAAAGUCUACUUGUACAGUCUUCGUAAAGAAAAGCACGAGCGAUCGAGAUAGAAAGGCGAGUAUCGGGGUCGCAGGACCAUCUGGGAGAUCAGGUUGAAUAAAGUUCGAAGAGAGAUAAACGAAAUGCAUGAAAUGAAUUUUCUUAGUGAAAAAAAAACAAACACAUCUUCUUGGCAUCGUUAACGAACCUCUGUGCCAGGAUAUUUACAACGCGGUACCUGUGGAACUGCAUACAAAAGCGCAAUUUCGCAAAUCAUCGUAAACUCGCUUACGGACAAAGGAGAAUUUUGGGAAAUUAAAAACGCUACGUUGUGAGCUUGAGAUAAACGUAUGUAAAAGUACGUCGGUGAUCCUCGCAGAAUUGUAUGCAAAAUCGCAUCGGUGGUACCGCGAGACAUCGGUACGAUCGCGACCCGCUUACGAAUAAAGAGGACGAGGUGGACUCGAGGGGAGAAACGAAAGAGAAGAGGCGAAAGAGAAGGAAACGGUGAAUCGGGGAUACGAGCGGCAAGAUUGCGGUGAUCUCGCUGACACGACAUUGCACAACACUCCUGUCAUUCCUGAUCGCCGUUUAGCGCAUGCUGGUUCAAGCGUUCUCAGCAAAUACAGACUUUUACGAUCGCACACGUAUCUCUGAGAUAUGUACACUUUAAAAAGGGAUACGUGGCGAUUAUCAAUUACCUAUCUGCACUCAGUAACGGGUUCCAAGAAUGAUAUCGAACGCUUCCUCCUGGCGUUGCAAAUAUUGAAUUAACUUUUAUAGAAAAAAUUUUAUCCAGUUGAAUGGAUCCAAUUCGAAGCACGAUGGAGUUUCGCGUGAUGAUAGGGAACCGCUAACACGGAAAGUUUACUGAACACACAGAGCGCUGAGUUUCACCAUAUUUCUCACGUUUCGUUGGUUCAUCAUCAUGGAUACACACGAAUGCUGAAAUGCGUGCGAUAAGGACGAUGAUAAACGUCCCCUCUUAUCUCUCUGGAGAACUUUAUCGGAGCGUGUCAUCUGCUUUAACGCGCGCGAAGUGAAGGUACCUCGCAUUACCACUGACAUUUAGUAUCGCGAAGUAACAGUACGCAUGUUCCUGCGAAAUUGCAUCGAGAGAGUGUGUGCAGUUAGUGAAACCAAAAACUAACGGCAGGCCAUCACGAUCGUGAAGAUAUCUCCCGUCUAAGAUCUGACGAAUGAAUUUACGUCUCGGUAACAUCUCACUGUACGCUUCAAAGUGCCACGCGGAUAUUUUUAUAGAGUACGUUCUGAAACCGGAUGACGCAGGACCAAUGGAAUGCAGUUAAUGAACGUCGAAGUCGGUGCUGACGUUUUCUCCAAUCCGAAGUGCUACGCGUACUCCCGUGGUGUACGUACAAAAUCGUGUCGUCGUUGAUAAUGAGCGAUUAAGUCGAUUAGGCCGAAAAGCGAGCGAGCGGAAUGCAGUUGGCAACCAGUCAGAGGCCCCAUCCGCCUCCGGUGCCACCUCGGCCGAGUCGGCAGGUGGUUGCCGAGGCCCUUAAGAGGUCGCCAAGGCCACCCUGUCCCACUCGGCAGGCGCCGCCGCCACCGAACACGAAGCCCUGGAGAUCCGAUCAGCGGCAAUCGCAGCAACAAGCGCAACAACAGCAGCAGCAACAGGUGGGCCCAGCAGUUGGACGUACGGUUGUGUAUGAAUCCACGAAGGAGUGCGCAAAGGACUGCAAGGAUGAAAAUGUAUCAAACGAUAAGAAUCAACGGCAGGAUUGCAAACAGACGCGAAAUACGUCUGACAGAAACACCGCCGAGGAUAAUCGCCCGGAAAAUACAGGUAGAAUCGUUCCAUCUCAUGAGCACUACGAGGCCGGCUCGGAGAGACCUCAUCCCGCGGGAAACAUGCCGGCAAACAUCGUGCGGAAGCGCAACAGCCUGACCGAGGAGCAGCGACCUCAACGUAGAUUGGAGAUAAUUCGAAGAAACUCCCGUGGGAAAGAUCAAGCCAAUUCAGUGGACCAGGACAGAGGACAAUGUAAAGACUCGUCCGGUAAGAAUCUGAAGGAGAUUACUAACAUUGUUGCUCCGAUGGAGAAGAUAGAGACGGUGCCAACGAUGACGACAACGACGAAGCCAUCGGUGGCUGCCAGGACCAUCAACGUAUCCUUCGAGGAUGAACGUCGUGCGUCGUCCACCAGCCCAGAUUCUGCCAGCGGGCGAGUCACGGUGAGUCGUGGGGAAAAAUGCAGAUGCAACAGCAGCAGUCCGGAAAGCGAGACGAACGGACACGACUCUCGGCCGACGCCCACGUGUAGAUCGUGUUCCGGUGAGCAACAGCAGCAUCAGCAGGAAACGUUCUUGGCGAGCGGAAAGAUUGCCGGGAACGGCGGCAUCGAAGCUGUACCCGCGCUUGAAAGAUCGACGAGCGUCUCGAGCGUUGACCGCGCCGCCACCACAGUGCUCGUCGUCGACGAACCAGAGCGUAAAAUCGCGCCCAGCGACGUAGACAGCAACGACAACGACAACGAUAGCGACAGCAGCAACAUUCAUCGGCAGGACUGGUUGGAAGCGGGAGUUCGGUACUCCUCCACGCAAAUUACUCUGCACGGGGACGAUGGCGACGGCGACACCGUCGAUGGGGACCACAUCAAUGGUUACGAUCAUCACGAGGAGGAGAGAAUCACUGACCUUGAUUUCAUCAGCAUACAAGAAAGGAUCGCGAUGUCUUCCUUGCAAGGACUACCCCCUUUGCCGAGGAGUCUGAGCGGCUUCAACUUGAACGGCGGACGCGGCGAGAGUGGCGAGCCGCCUCCACCGCCUACGAGGUCGUCCAGUAAAUCCCAAAGAGGCGGUAAAACGUCGGUGCAGUCGUCAUCGUCGAGGCCGUCGCCACCUGCCAGACAACUCACCACCCUGGACACCCAACUGGCAGUGCUCAGGAGAGAAAUGUUCGGUCUACGGCAGCUUGACCUCUCGUUGCUGUCGCAACUGUGGUCCCUGAACGAGUCUAUCCAGGAGUUCCGGCAGCUGUUGCAGGAACAAGAGGACCGAGCGCCUUCACCGUCGCCCAGCAGCGAGGAGGGGGAUGACACGUCCUACGGGGCGCACCCGCCGCCGCCGCCGAGGAGGCCGGCGCCCACGUUGCAUCAUCAUCGGCCGCCACGACCGCCCAGACCACCCAGACCGUCGGCUAGCGACGAAUCGCCGUCGAGUGAGGAGUACGGGGCCGUUUGACGUAUCGUCACCGAGAGGAAGAAGUACUCGAAAAGAUCCCGGUCGUCCCAUCGCACCUAGAGAGGCGCCGACACUCUCGAGUGAAAGACAGAAGAAGAAAAGGAGAAUGAACUUUUCGGGAGAAAACAGCGUCGAGACGGAGAUUGCAACGACGCCGAGGUGUCGACGAUCUCGACACCUUAAUUAAUGCUCAGGAUGAAUUAAUGCUUGUGCGAUGUGCGUGCGAUGUGACGGCCGAUUUAAGAGCUACAGAUCCUCUAAGUACCUGUAACUUUACUCGGAGAUUCGUCAGACCCAAGAUCUCAUGACAAUUAUUUAAUUCGCGAUCGGAAGCGACCGAUUAACCGCAGCUUCGGAAAAACAAAUUAUCUGCGAGACGAGACUGCUCGCGUGAACAGUCGCUCGCAAGAGAGUCGAUCGAAUUCGAGAUUGCGAUCUGUAACCGCCGCGUGAAAGGAGGAUCGAUGAUCGAAUCGACUUAACAGCCGAAGACCAGUAGUUUUAGCUCGCCGCUGCAUGGAUUAUCGCGCGUAUGCAAGUUAAUAAUAAUCGCUUCGCGCGCCGGACAAACGUCGUUCCGCCGAUUUGCAACAGGCGUUCCACACGCGUCGUGCUCCAGAUAAGGAAGUUCUUGAUCGCCAGGAGCAAGAGAGCCGCACUUCAAGCAGCACGGCGCACUGCUCUCCCCUCCAUUUGUGAUAGCGCUCGAAGGGGCCUUUGAUUAAUGAUAAUCUCGCAUCCGUUUGCGCUUGUGUUAAGAUCUCUCCGAGACCUUGCGCUCCGCCGGAGAAUCAACCGUAACAGAUCCGAGCCCGCGUUGCACCGCGAUUUUCUGGUGCCGUAGCUGAAAGGCAAACGCGACUCUCCGCGUGUCGUCGACAAAAAUGUGCCCGGUGAAUCCGGAAGAAUCGUGAUGUUCCCUAACUCUUCCAUGUUUUUUAUACCGUUACAUUCGUCGCGAGAAGCUUACUCGUUGUUGAUGCUGCAUGCAGUACUUGUUCAAUCGUGUAUAUGCCUGUCAUACGUACGCGAUGGAAGAUUCAAUGUUCCUGAGAAUGAAUCUGACGGGGAAACACGCGAUUUCUGCUACAUUUCUCGUACACAUAUCUCUCAGUGCUUUCUGACGUCGGAUCUGCCGGCGAACCUCCGCGUGUAUCACGUCCUCGGGAGAACCAAGAUUUUCGAUACUCCGCGGCGCCCUUUCGUAUAGAUUAGUUUUGAGCUGUGUGUAAAGAUACAUAAGACUAUGCAAAAUAAAUGAAACUUAAUUUAAAUGUA